CCCCUCGCAGCUGCCAAGAAAUUUCUGAACUCUGCGUAUUUAUAUUUCUUCAUACAUUAUUUCUAUCCACAAACACUUGUUCUUCUUCCUUCACAGUUUUGCAAUUGUAAUGGCUUCUGCUUCUAAUGCCAUCAUCCAAUGCACCUCUUCUUCUUCUUCUUCGUUUGAGUAUGACGUGUUUGUGAGCUUCCGCGGUGAAGACACACGCAACAGCUUCACCGCUUUUCUUUUUGAAGCUCUGAAAAAACAAGGCAUCGAGGCCUUCAAAGAUGAUAAAGAUAUCAGGAAAGGCGAAUCCAUAGCACCAGAGCUAAUACGAGCCAUUGAAGGGUCUCAUGUUUUCCUUGUUGUCUUUUCCAAGGACUAUGCUUCCUCAACUUGGUGCCUGCGUGAACUAGCACAUAUCUGGAAUUGCUUUCAACCAUCUACCAGACAUCUUCUGCCUAUUUUCUAUGAUGUUGAUCCAUCACAAGUGCGAAAACUGAGUGGAGACUAUGAGAAAGCCUUUGCCCAACACCAACAAAGUUCCAGGUUCCAAGAGAAGGAAAUUACAACAUGGAGAGAAGUUCUGGAACGAGUAGCCAGUCUCUCUGGUUGGGAUAUCAGAAAUAAGGAACAACCUACAGUGAUUGAUGAAAUUGUUCAGAAGAUAAAAAAAAUCGUGGGUUGCAAAUUUUCUAUUCUUCGAAAUGAUAAUCUAGUUGGGAUGGAAUCUCAUUUUUCUACAUUAUCAAAGCAGCUGGGGCCGGUUAAUGAUGUUCGAGUUGUUGGAAUUACUGGGAUGGGUGGAAUAGGAAAGUCCACUCUUGGUCGAGCUUUAUAUGAAAGAAUCUCUCAUCAAUUUAAUUCUUCUUGUUAUAUUGAUGACGUAAGCAAACUUUAUCGACUGGAAGGUUCAGCAGGUGUACAAAAAGACUUACUUUCUCAGUCUCUAAAUGAAACAAAUCUAAAGAUUAGGAAUUUAUCUUAUGGAACAGACCUGGCAUGGAGGAGGCUACACAAUGCAAAGGCACUUAUAGUUCUUGACAAUGUUGAAGAAGAUAAACAGCUUAAUAUGUUUACUGCGAAUAGAAAUAAUCUGUUACGAGAACGCCUUGGUAGAGGAAGCAUAGUCAUUAUAAUUUCUAGGGAUCAACAAAUAUUGAAGGCACGUGGAGCAGAUCUUAUUUACCAAGUGAAGCCAUUGGAUGACACCGAUGCUCUUCGAUUGUUUUGCAAAAAUGCAUUUAAAAAUAAUUAUAUUAUGAGUGAUUUUAAAACGUUGACUUCUCAUGUACUAUCACAUUGUGAAGGUCAUCCCUUAGCAAUUGAAGUAUUGGGCUCAUCUUUGUUUGGUAAAGAUGUCUCUUAUUGGGGGAGUGCAUUGGUUUCCUUAAGAGAAAGUAAAAGUAUUAUGGAUGUGUUGCGAAUAAGUUUUGAUCAAUUGGAGGAUACACACAAGGAAAUAUUUCUAGAUAUUGCAUGUUUCUUGUACGAUCAUGAUGUGAUAUAUGUGAAGGAAAUUCUAGAUUUUCGUGGAUUUAAUCCCGAAUACGGCCUACAAGUUCUCGUUGAUAAAUCACUUAUAACCAUGCGUAGGAUAGUUGAAAUGCAUGACGUUUUGCGCAAUUUGGGCAAGUAUAUUGUUAGAGAAAAAUCACCUUGGAAUCCAUGGAAGUGGAGUAGGUUGUGGGAUUUCAAAGAUCUCAACAUAGUUUCGUUGGAUAAUAAGGCAACAGAAAAUGUUGAGGCCAUAGUUCAUGAAGAAGACUAUGACAUUGAAAAAGACUCUGACUUAGAAGAAGACUCUAACUUAGAAGACUCUGACUUAGAAGAAGACUCUGACUUAGAAGAAGACUCUGACUUAGAAGACUAUGACUUAGAAGACUAUGACUUAGAAGAAGACUCUGACUUAGAAGACUCUCACUUUCUUCCAACAGUGAGGGUGGAUGCUCUAUCAACAAUGAGUAACCUUAAACUUCUCAAAUUUAGAUACGCUGGCUACGAAAUCAAUUAUUCAGGAACACUUACUAAGCUUUCCAAUGAAUUAGGAUAUCUUACUUGGGUAAAGUAUCCUUUUGAGUGUUUGCCACCAAGUUUUGAGCCGGACAAACUUGUUGAGUUGAUUCUACCUAAAAGCAACAUCAAACAACUUUGGGAAGGUAGAAAGCCUCUACCCAAUUUGAGGCGUUUGGAUCUCUCUGGCUCCAAAAAUCUAAUAAAAAUGCCAUAUAUUGGAGAUGCCCUAUAUCUUGCGUGGCUUAAUCUCGAAGGAUGUAUACAACUCGAAGAGAUCGGUCUGUCCGUUCUUUCACGAAAGCUUACUUCUCUGAAUUUGAGAAAUUGCAAAAGUCUUAUCAAGUUGCCACAGUUUGGAGAGGACCUAAUUCUUAAAAAGCUAUAUCUCGAAGGAUGUCAAAGUCUCAGUCACAUUGAUCAAUCCAUCGGUUUUCUAAAAAACCUCGAUCAUUUGAAUAUGGAAAACUGCAAACAACUCAAACGCAUUGAUCCAUCCAUCGGUUUUCUAGAAAAGCUCAGAGAAUUGAAUUUGAAAAACUGCAAAAAUCUAGAAAGCUUACCCAAUAGCAUACUAGGUCUCAAUUCUCUUGAAUAUCUGAAUCUCUCUGGCUGUGUAAAACUGUACAACACCGAGUUAUUAUAUGAACUAAGGGAUGCAGGGCAAUUGAAGAAGAUUGGUAUAGAUGGAGCUCCUAUUCAUUUCCAAUCAACAUCUUCCUACUCCAGACAACAUCAAAAAUCAGUUAGUUGCUCAAUGCCUUCCUCCCCAAUAUUUCCAUGUAUGCGUCAACUUGAUCUAAGUUUCUGUAAUUUAGUUGAAAUCCCUGAUGCUAUUGGAAUUAUGAGUUGCUUAGAAUGGCUAGAUUUAAGUGGUAACAAUUUUGCUACACUGCCCAACCUCAAGAAGCUUUCCAAACUGUUGUGUUUAAAGUUACAACAUUGCAAGCAGUUGAAAUCUUUGCCUGAGCUCCCUUCACGGAUUGAAAUCCCAACUGGUGAAAGCUAUUUUGGAAACAAAACAGGAUUAUACAUUUUUAAUUGCCCAAAAUUAUUUGAUAGGAAACGCUGCAGUAACAUGGCUUUUUCAUGGAUGAUGCAAUUGUAUCAGGUGAUCCAUUCUUUUUACAGAUCUGAAGGUGUUAGUCCUGGAAGUGAAAUACCAAAGUGGUUCAAUAAUGAGCAUGAGGGAAAUUGUGUAAGCUUAGACGCAUCUCAUGUUAUGCAUGACGAUAAUUGGAUUGGCGUUGCGUUUUGUGCAAUAUUCGUCGUACCUCAUGAAACAAUCUCAGCGAUGGCUUUUUCAAAAACAGAUGGGUACUACUCGGGUUUUAGUGAUAUUCCAGUGGAUUUUUAUGAAGAUCUAGAUCAAGAACUUGUUUUAGACAAAUCAGAUCACAUGUGGCUAUUCUUUUUUGAUCGAAAAAUGUUCAUUUUUAAAUUCCAUCUCCAGCCCAAAAAUCUUGGAAGAUUGCUUUUGAAAUGUGAUGGAAGGAGAAAGUGGAAAGAGUCAUAUGCUGAGGUGAAGAAAUACGGAUAUCGCUGGGUAUAUAAAGGGGAUAAUGAACAAAGGAAGCGCAAAUUUGGGGAAAUUGAAGAAAAUGAAGGAAUGAUGUCAGAAGAAGGGAGAAAAGAUGAUGCAAGCUCCUCCCAGGAAAACACAAUCAACUUGGAUCUUAGCCUGUAGAAUCAUUUCUUCUCUCAUUUUAUUCAUUUGAGUCGUCCUUCAAAUUUUGAAUAAGCUUGGUGGCGUAAAAUAAGGUUUUUGGUUGUUAUGGGAUGCUUGUGUAGCUGUCUUUGUUGGUUAAGAAUAUUGUUUUUUUUUUUCUUGUUUGGUUUGAGUAAUGUUUAACAGAGACUGAUGCAAUUUCUCGUUUUCAGUCCUUUUUACUUUUAGUGCAUGACAGCUAAAAAAAAGUACAAAUAAUUUUUUUUUAAAA